CCUCGGCCUCGGCCCAGCAUGCCCUGGCCGGGCGGCGCUGGCCCUCCCGGCUUGCCGGCCCUCGUGCUGCUGGCGCUGCUGGCCCACCUCGCCCGCUUCCCCUCGCAGGCCGGCCCCAGCCCCGCCGCCCCGGCCAGCCGCCGCACCCUCGUCCUGCUCGACGUGAGCGCCCGCAGCCCCCUGCGCCUCGCCAGCCCCCACUUCCUCUCGCUCCAGCUCGACCCCUCCAUCCUCCACGACGGCUGGCUCGACUUCCUCAGCUCCCGGCGCCUGGUGACCCUGGCCCGUGGCCUGGCGCCCGCCUUCCUCCGCUUCGCCGGCAAGAGGAGCGACUUCGUGCAGUUCCAGAACGUGAAGAACCCGGCCAAGAGCCGCGGCGGCCCCGGCCCAGACUACUACCUCAAGAACUACGAGGACGACAUCAUUCGCAGUGAUAUUGCCUUGGAUAAGCAAAAAGGCUGCAAGAUUGCCCAGCACCCAGACAUCAUGUUAGAGCUACAGAGAGAAAAGGCAGCUCAGAUGCACCUGGUUCUCCUCAAGGAGCAAUUCUCCAACACCUACACCAAUCUCACACUAACAGCCAGGUCUCUAGACAAACUCUAUAAUUUUGCUGACUGCUCUGGCCUCCACCUCAUCUUUGCAUUGAAUGCUCUGCGUCGGAAUUCCAACAAUUCUUGGAACAGCUCCAAUGCCCUCAGCCUGCUAAAGUACAGUGCAAGCAAGAAAUACAACAUCUCCUGGGAGCUGGGCAAUGAGCCAAACAAUUAUCGAGCCCUAACAGGGCGAGCAGUGAAUGGCACCCAGUUGGGCAAGGAUUAUGUGCAGCUGAAGAGUCUGCUGCAGCUGAUCCGCACUUACUCUCGAGCCAGCCUAUAUGGACCCAACAUUGGGAGGCCUAGGAAGAACGUUGUAUCCCUCUUGGAUGGGUUCAUGAAGGUGGCAGGCAAUACGGUGGAUGCUGUUACCUGGCAACAUUACUACCUUGAUGGCCGAGUGGCCAAGGUGACGGACUUCCUGAAAACACGCCUGUUAGACACACUCUCUGACCAGAUCAGGAAAAUCCAGAAAGUUGUUAAUUCACAUGUGCCUGGAAAAAAGAUUUGGCUGGAGGGCAUCGGGGCUACCUCGGAAGGAGGCACCUCCAACCUCUCGGAUUCCUAUGCUGCCAGCUUCCUGUGGCUGAACUCUCUUGGAAUGCUGGCCAGCCAGGGCAUUGAUGUCGUGAUGCGUCACUCAUUUUUUGACCAUGGGCACAACCAUCUUGUGGACCAGAACUUCAACCCACUGCCGGAUUACUGGCUAUCACUGCUCUACAAGCAGCUUGUUGGGCCCCGGGUACUUGCUGUUCAUGUGGCUGGACUGCAGCAGAAACCUCGCCCUGGCAGAGUGAUUCGUGACAAGCUGCGCAUCUAUGCUCACUGCACCAGCUACCACAACCACAAUUAUGUCCGUGGGUCUGUCACGCUCUACAUCAUCAACUUGCACCGGUCCCGGAAGAAAAUCAAGCUGGUGGGUACCCUUCGAGACAAACUUGUGCACCAAUAUGUGCUGCAGCCCUAUGGUCAGGAAGGACUGUAUUCUAGGUCUGUGCAGCUUAAUGGACAGCUGCUAACCAUGGUGGAUGAUGGAUCCCUGCCUCAUUUGAAACCCCGUCCCCUUCGUCCUGGCCGGACCCUGGUUAUCCCACCACUCACCAUGAGUUUCUACGUGGUAAAGAAUGUUAAUGCUCUGGCCUGCCGGUAUCGGUAGCUCCACCCACUCUACUGCCAAGAGUAGACCUGAUAGGCCUCUCAAGGCAUCUCUUGGCAAAGUGCUUGCUUCUCAGGUAGGUGUGACAGAAGGCACAAGGAAAAAUGGGAAAGGCUUCUGAGAAACUUCGUGGGUGAAUGUAAGCGCUGGCUGGCCACAGCCCUCUCACAGACAACAGCUGUGAUGUUCUUGACACCACCCCUACAGUGACCAGUCCAUGCUAAACUAGGAAAGGAGAUGUGUGUUCUCCUCCUGCCUACGUUUGAUGAAAUCCUUCCCCACCCCCUUCUUCAUGGAAAGAAUAGUAUACUAGAGCGAGCAGGAACUGCCUGGCAAGCUAUUCUGCUGAAGGGUGGGGUACAGAGAUGCUGCUGCAGACACUUGGAAGAAUAGGGAAACUUGAAUCCGCUACAAAAAAUGACAGAUCCAGGGAAGCUGCCUCUGCUAGUCUCCUUUGUGUGGUACUGACAGCCUGGGAAACAUCUUAAACCCUGUGUCUUCUGCAGAAGCAAUGGUCAUAGUGUGAGGAGUUUGUGCCACCUUGUGGAGAGGCGACAAGGCUCUGAGAGAGAAAGGUGGACUCCUGCCUUUCUUUACAGAACUGUGCAUGAGCAAGAUGCACCCACCGCCCUAUCGUUCCUGUAUCUGCCACUGACAAGAAAGACCUCAGAUUCCUGACCGUUAGGUUUUAUUCUUGUGGGAGCCACUCCCCCUGCUGGCAAGAGGCAGAAGCAUCCAAAAAAACAGAACAGCAAGCUAUGUCGUUGUUGAGCACCAGAUGGAGCACAUAGAAAUGGAGAUACAUAGAGAUGGAGAAGCCAGAACACCCUCUUGCAGAAAGAAAAAGCUAAUAGUGCUGAAGAGUCAGUCCAGAUAAGAAUCAUCAGGGUGUUCGUAGCUGCUCACGUCCAGCAGUGUUGUGGGGUGGGGAGAAGAGGUUUGGUCUUGGCCACUGUCAAUAAUGCUGCCCUCUGGGAGCAUUUGCUGUAAAUGUUAAUUAUUAAAUUAUAUUUUCUGAAGAA